AAAGCCUGUGUAGAGGUCCUAUUAACAGGAAAAGAGUAGUUUCCUCACAUUAAGUGUAAAAGGUCCCCCCCGGUGCUCCUCCUUUUGUGUUUCACUCAAAAUAGCUGCAAGGCAGCAACGCGUUACCCUUGCCCCAUAUCGACGCACCGUGAAACAUCCCUCCCGUUCAUUUAAAAGCGGUUUGCUUCUGAUACACAUGCCUGUGAGAGACAAACGUCUGAAGAUGCCUGUCGACUACAGCGGGACGUGGGACAUUGUCAGCAAUGUCAAUUUUGAGGGAUACAUGGUUGCACUUGGCAUUGAUUUUGCAACUCGGAAGAUUGCCUCAAUGUUGAAGCCCCAGAAAGUGAUUAAGCAAGACGGAGAUUGUUUCACAAUCAAGACGUUCACUACCUUCAAAAAUUACGAGAGUUUGUUCAAAAUUGGAGAAGAGGUCAAAGAGGUGACUAAAGGGAUGGACAACAGGUCAUGCCUGACGGUGGUCAACUGGGAAAAUGAUAAGCUGGUGUGUGUUCAGAAAGGAGAAAAGAAGAACCGAGGGUGGACUCACUGGAUUCAUGGAGAUGAGCUUCAUCUGGAACUUACUUGCGAGGAUCAAGUCUGCAAGCAAAUUUAUAAAAGAGCUCUGUGAUCUUGUCUUUUGAGAGAACUCCAAUCAACGCAUUGUGAAAAAAAAAACGAGAUUGCAUAAAAAGCCACAGAGUUCACAUACAGCUCCUGUACUUCAUGAAGAGAAUGUGAUGUGUGAUUAAAUGGAUCCACGAUGUAAUGCCUCCUCCGCACCACCCGGUGGCGCUGUGUAUUAAACAUGAAAAUAAA